GCCUCAUCCAACCAGCGCCAGUCCCACGAAACCGGGGCAACGCUGCGCAUUUAAACCACUAAAGUGACUGCAACUGGACGCCCUCGCUCUUUCUGGAUCCGCUCCUCAGCUCCGAAUUUCUUUUUCUUUUUCUUUUCUUUUCUUUUCUGAAGUGGAACUGUUGGCGGAACUGGAUCUCAGAUGAAUACCGCGAAGUUAUCGGCGUUUGGAAGUGAGGAGUUCGGCAGGGGGAGUGGAGAAAAUCCAAGUGCUGUUGAGUGGAUUACUUGUCGGGUAAUAACCGGCAACGAUGCCUCCGACUGAUCUGAACUUUGAUUCUAUUAGAGAUCCACUCUCAGAGGAGCCCUUCUGAACAUUAUUGUCUGGACAUAUUGCGCAGUUGGGGAACUCUCCUCCACCUGGACCCCAGUCAUCGGCACUGCUGUAGAAGUUUUAGAUGAAAUAGGCACGAAAUAAAACUAAACAAAAAAGAACAAGACGCAUUCUAACUGGAUUUAUACCGUUUCCAGCUGCUCUUAGAGAUGCCUGCCUGUCUCACAGGGAUUUACUGUCUGCUGGCACUGCUGAAGAUUUGUUCAGGGUCUCGCCUUCGCCAGGAAGACUCCCCUCCUCGCAUCGUGGAGCACCCUUCUGACCUCAUUGUGUCCAAAGGGGAACCAGCCACUCUCAACUGUAAGGCAGAGGGCCGUCCGACCCCCACGGUGGAAUGGUACAAGGAUGGGGAGCGCGUCGAGACGGACCGUGACAACCCCCGCUCCCACCGUAUGCUGCUGCCCAGCGGGUCGCUCUUCUUCCUGCGCAUCAUCCACGGGCGGCGGAGCAAGCCAGACGACGGCAGCUACGUGUGCGUUGCCCGAAACUAUCUGGGCCAAGCGAUCAGCCACAAUGCAUCCCUGGAAGUAGCCAUUCUACGAGAUGACUUCAGACAGAACCCUGUAGACGUCAUGGUCGCCGUGGGUGAGCCCGCAGUGCUGGAGUGCCAACCUCCCCGUGGGCACCCUGAACCCACCAUCUCCUGGAGGAAAGAUGGGACCAAUUUAGAUGACAGAGAUGAACGUAUCACGAUUCGGAGCGGCAAGCUGAUGAUCACCAACACGCGGAAGAGCGACGCGGGGAAGUACAUCUGCGUUGGAACCAACAUGGUCGGGGAGAGGGAGAGUGAGAUCGCCGAGCUCACGGUGCUAGAGCGGCCGACCUUCGUGAAGCGGCCCAGCAGUGUGGUGGUGCUGGCCGACGAGACCGUGUCAUUCCACUGCGUGGUUCAAGGAGACCCUGUUCCCACUGUCCGCUGGAGGAAAGAUGAUUCUGACCUGCCUAAGGGCAGAUUUGAAAUCCUAGAGGACCAUACCUUGAAUGUUCGCCAAGUGACCUCUUCAGAUGAGGGCUCCUAUACAUGCGUGGUGGAGAACAUGGUUGGGAAGUCUGAAGCAUCCGCCACGCUCACCGUGCACGUCAAUACUGUGCCCCCAGCGUUUGCCGUUCGCCCCAGAAACCAGGUGGCGGCAGUGGGCAGAACCGUCACCUUCCAGUGCGAGGCCACGGGCAACCCACAGCCCGCUAUUUUCUGGCAGAGGGAGGGCAGCGAGAGUCUUCUGUUCUCCUACCAGCCGCCACAGCCCUUUAGCCGCCUGUCUGUCUCCCAGAUGGGCAGUUUGACCAUAACUGACGUCCAGCGCUCGGAUGGUGGCUUCUACAGCUGCCAGGCUCUUAACAUCGCUGGCAGUGUUAUUACCAAAGCACUGCUAGAGGUUACAGACUCUGGAUCAGACCACCCUCCUCCCGUCAUUAGACAGGGUCCAGUCAAUCAGACUGUUCCCGUAGACAGCACGGUAGUACUGAGUUGCCAGACUGCUGGCACUCCACCUCCUACAGUCCACUGGAUGAAGGAUGAUACGGUGGUGUCCCCCGUGGACUCUCGAAUGUCCCUGACAGAGACAGGCUCACUGAAGAUUCACUAUACUAAGCUGGGAGAUACCGGUUUCUACACUUGUAAAGCUUCCAGUCCCAAUGGUGAGGCUUCCUGGACGGCAUACUUGCAAGUGGAAGAGUUUGGAGUUGUUGUCCAGUCCAGUCAUCCUGCAGACCCUAACCUGAUCCCCACUGCUCCAUCCAAACCUGAAGUGACCGACAUCACCCGUACCUCAGUCACUCUGUCAUGGACAUCCAUCCCCAAUACCAGUGCAUCACCGGUAUCCUACCUAAUUGAGGCAUUCAGUUACACAUUAGGCAACAGAUGGGUGACUCUAGCUGAGCAUGUGAAGGCUCAGACCUUUGUCCUGAGAAACCUGAAGCCUGGAGCUGUCUACCUCUUUAUGGUCAGAGCGGUGAACGCUCACGGCCUCAGUGAUCCCAGUCCAAUCUCAGACUCGGUCAGAACACAAGACAGCACUUCGACCAUGCAGGGAGUGGACCACCGUCACAUCCAGAGAGAACUGGGAGAUGUUGUGAUCCGCCUGCACACACCAGCCGUCCUCUCGUCUUCUGCCGUCAGGGUGCAGUGGAAGGUCGAGCAGCAGUCCCCAUACAUCCAGGGUUACAAGGUGCUUUACAGGGCGUCUGCUGAGCACGGCCAGCCUGAGGGGCACUGGAGUGUCCUGGAGGUGCGCGCCCCGCGGGAGGACGGGGUGGUGAUCGGUCAGCUGAAGAAAGGAUCCAUCUACGAGUUCAAAGUGCGACCGUUUUUUGAUGAAUUCCAGGGAGCCGACAGUGAGGUGAAAGUCGUCAGGACGCUGGAAGAAGCCCCUAGCAGAGCACCCCAGGGUGUUACAGUUACAAAGAGUGAUGCCAAUGGGACUACUAUCCUCGUUUCCUGGAAGCCACCUCCAGAAUCAGAAAAGGCUGGAGUCAUUCAGGAAUACAAGAUCUGGUGCCUGGGUAAUGAGAGUCGCUACCACGUAAACCAGUCGGUGGAUGGCUCCACCUUCUCCGUUCUCAUUUCCAGCUUGGCACCAGGCAUUCGCUACAGUGUGGAGGUUGCAGCUAGCAACGGUGCAGGGCCUGGAGUCAAGAGCGAUGUUGCCUUCUUCCAAUUAGACUCUGCAGGCCAGAUGAUGGACAUCAGCGAGGAGAGAGACACAUUGUCCCAGAUCUCAGACGUGGUGAAGCAGCCUGCGUUUAUCGCUGGCAUUGGCGCCACCUGCUGGCUGGUUCUCAUGAUUUUCAGCGUGUGGCUGUACCGCCACCGGAAGAAGAGAAGCGGCCUCAGCAGCACAUACACCGGCAUCCGCAAGGUCCCGUCAUUCACCUUCACACCUACAGUCGCGUAUCAAAGAGGAGAAUCUGUGUGCAGUGCUGGCAGACCUGGCCUUCUCAGCAUGGGUGAACCUCUAAACCAGCUGUGGCUGCCAGACAAUUGGCCAAACGCAUGUGCCAAUCACAAGGACUGUAGCAUCAACUGCUGCAAUAAUGGCAACGGCACAAGUGACAGCAACAUGACAACAUACAGCCGACCAGCUGACUGCAUCGCCAACUAUGGAAACCAUCCAGACAGCAAACAGGGAGGACAGCUUGGUUCUGAGACAGCCAUAUACAGCGACGUGAACCUCUCCAACAAGCUCAAUGAGAUUAAAACAUUCAACAACUCCAACUUGUGCUAUGCAAGCCCGGGAGGGGAUCCAUCAGCCACAUAUGAGCCCAUUCCAUAUGCCACCACGCAACUCAUUCAGGCCAAUAUUAAGAACAAAGCAGCCACAGGUGCCUCUAUAGCAGAGCCUCUGGACAUACCGUGCUGGAAACAACCCCCCAACCUGCCCCCAAUACCGAAAGAGAUGGCAGCACAGAUGCAGUACAACUUGAGUGAGCAAACCAGUAAAGAUCACCUGCAAGGAAGUGAAGGAAUCAUCCAUCCCAAAACUAUCCCCUACAUCCAGGCUCGAGAUCACAGCACUGGAGGCUCACACCAUAGUUCAGACAGGGGCAGCAGCAGCACCUCAGGGAGCCAGAAUCAAAAGAGGGGAACGCGGGCCCCAAAGAUCCCAAAACAUACUGCAGUGAGCUGGGGAGAAGCCCUGUCCCCCCCUCAUGCUAAUGCCUGGGACUGCGACGAGUACAGCCUGCCCAUGGAGAGGGGUUUUGAUCCAGAGCAGAGGACAGAAAGCUGCCCCACUCCGCCCGUUAGAGGAGCUGCCUCAUCCCCCACCGAAGCGCCCUAUAGUCACCCACCUGCCACGUCAUCGCAGGGAGAGCUGAGCAAUGGCCUGCACGACAGAGAUGAACGUUUCAGCCAAGACGUCACCAGCCAGCCUCACUCCCUUUCCCCAACGCACACCUACAGCUCCAUACCCAUCUGCAUUGAUACUGACGGACAGGAAGACAAUGAGGAGGGGGAGGAGGAGGAGGAGGAGGAAAUAGAGGAGGAGGAGGAAACAGACGCAGAGCUCACUCAAAGCCACUACAGCCAACAACACAACCAUAAGAAGCACAAACACCAGCUGCACCAGCCCUCUCCACACAAGCUGCUCCUCCAUGGGCUGGAGCAGACCCCAGCCUCCAGCACCGGGGAGCUGGACCGAUCAGUCACGGGGUCCAUGGUUAACAGCUGGGGCUCGGCGUCCGAGGACAACAUCUCAUCGGGCAGGUCCAGUGUUGUCAGCACCUCAGAGGGAUCCUUCUUUACAGACGGUGAUUUCAACCAGGCCGUAGCCUCCUCCAGGGAUAUCGUAGGCCUGCGCAUGUGCAGAUACCCAGAAGAAUCUGGCUGGCGGCACCAGCGACCCAGCAGCCCCAUGUCUACAGAUAGCAACAUGAGUCCUGCAAUAACACAUAAAAGGCCCAGGAGGCAUAAACAGAACCAGUCUGGUCAACAGGGCUACCAAGCCAAAGAUGUCUUCAAUGACGACACUUGCAUGCCUCUGACUUUCCCCAGCCAGGCGCCCCACGGUGACUAUAAAGUGAGGGGGGCCACGCUCCCUCGGAUGGGCUCUGGGGAGGCGCGUGGUCGACGAGGCAGCACUGGGACUCACAGGGUCAGAGAGGGUGCAUUUGAGCAGAGAGAGAGCCAGGAGAAGCACAAGGCUCAACUAGCGGGAAAAGGAAGCAGCAAAAACCGACAGCACUCAGAAUUCGGGGACAUUCUUCUGUACAGUCGUCCCUCUUUUCCAUCAGGUCAAGCUCAGAGGGAGCCAGGCGAUUCAGACUUAUCCAGCUAUUUGUCGUGCGGAGACUCAAGGACCAAACAGGUGGAAGAGUUCCUGAAAAGCUAAGAAGAAUCACGAGAGGAGUGGAAAUAUCCUACAGUUGCGUCAGACAAAGGACUAUGACCUUUACAACAACAACCACAAAAAAAGACUAAAAAUACUGCACAAUACACAGUAUCAUUUUCUACUUUCUCAUUAGGUGUUAGGGGGAAAAAAAGAAAAAAAAAGAAAGUGCUCUCAUGUUUAAGUCUGUGGACUUCAAUUUAUAGCACUGUUUAUUGUUUGCUUUCUUGGGCGAGUAGCUCCCAGGACCCUGAGCCGAGCUGGUUGCCCCGGUAAAGUGAGAUGAAUGCACAUUUGAUGGCGGCUGUAAGUGUCUACAAAAAUAUUAUCCACGGCGGCUGCUUGACGCGGUCCGUCCGGUCUCUGUUUGUCAGUUGUCUUGCUCUUUUACUGUAAUUGAUAUACAGUCAUUACCGACCAUCUUGUAAAUUGUUUACUGCCACAGAAGUGCUUCAAAUUUUAUAUAACGGUGUUAAUGUUUUCUAAGUGAUGUACAUCUUGUAUUUGUAUUAUUUGUUCUACUUUGGUUAUAAAAAGCACAAUCACUUAAUUUUAUUCGAAGUCAUUGUUAAAUGAGCUUAAAUGACUGGAGGAAAUCAAUCUCCAGAGUCUUGUUAAUCAUUUCACUUUAGGCGGGAGGAAAAGAUUGUUGAUUGUGAUUGUGCACUCGGUUGCGUACAUUUGCUUUCACUCACAUGUGAACUAUCUGUUGUGUGUAUUGGGAGAAUUGCAUGCAGUUUCACCUGUUGGAGGUUUUACUUAAUAUCUUGACUGCUCCGUCGUCCCUUCAGGAUGAUGAAACGUCAGGUCAUGGACUGGUUCCAUUUCAUUGUUUCUCUCUGAUGAGUUCAUUUCGUCUGCUCCUGUGUUCCCUCAACCUUGGCCGUCACUUCUAGGGUAGGGUUGGACAAUAUUCUGUAUUUAUCAAAUUACUCACCACCAAUCGAUAACCAUUGUGAAUCCACCAGUUGCUUCAUAUGCAUAUAAUUAAAUUGAGCAUGGCUACAACCAAUUAUAAUAAGCUCCUCAUACUGAAAUUAAAAGAGAAAUGCUCAUAUGGUCAUAUUGUCCAGCCCUGUUCUGUAAGUUAUAUAUGGAAAAAAAUAUGUCACUUUAACUACUCUGUUUGAAUAAAUAUUGCUGUUCCUUAAGCAACAA